AUGAGUGCGGCGGAGACUGCAGGGAAGCUGACGCGGGCACCGGCCGACACGGGGAAAGCCGGGGGCCCCGGAGUCGCGGCUCCCGGGGCCCCGGCGGCAGCUCCGCCGGCGAAGGAGAUCCCGGAGGUCCUACUGGACCCACGCAGCCAGCGGCGCUAUGUCCGCGGCCGCUUUUUGGGCAAGGGUGGCUUUGCCAAGUGCUUCGAGAUCUCCGACGCGGACACCAAGGAGGUGUUCGCGGGCAAGAUCGUGCCUAAGUCUUUGCUGCUCAAGCCGCACCAGAAGGAGAAGAUGUCCAUGGAGAUAUCCAUUCACCGCAGCCUCGCCCACCAGCACGUCGUAGGCUUCCACGGCUUUUUCGAGGACAACGACUUCGUGUUCGUGGUGUUGGAGCUCUGCCGCCGGAGGUCGCUCCUGGAGCUGCACAAGAGGAGGAAGGCGCUGACCGAGCCCGAGGCCCGAUACUACCUGCGGCAGAUCGUUCUGGGCUGCCAGUACCUGCACCGAAACCGGGUUAUUCACCGCGACCUCAAGCUGGGCAACCUCUUCCUGAACGAGGAUCUGGAGGUGAAAAUAGGGGAUUUUGGACUGGCAACCAAAGUCGAAUAUGAUGGGGAGCGGAAGAAGACCCUGUGCGGGACUCCUAAUUACAUAGCUCCCGAGGUGCUGAGCAAGAAAGGGCACAGUUUCGAGGUGGAUGUGUGGUCCAUUGGGUGCAUCAUGUAUACCUUGUUAGUGGGCAAACCACCUUUUGAGACCUCUUGCCUAAAAGAGACCUACCUCCGGAUCAAGAAGAAUGAAUACAGUAUUCCCAAGCACAUCAACCCCGUGGCUGCCUCCCUCAUCCAGAAGAUGCUUCAGACGGAUCCCUCUGCCCGCCCAACCAUUAACGAGCUGCUUGAUGACAAGUUCUUUACUUCUGGCUACAUCCCUGCCCGUCUCCCCAUCACCUGCCUCACCAUUCCGCCCAGGUUUUCAAUCGCUCCCAGCAGUCUGGACCCCAGCAGCCGGAAACCUCUCACAGUCCUCAAUAAAGGCAUGGGGAACCCUCUGUCUGAGUGUCCCCGGGAAAAAGAGGAACCAGUGGUUCGGGAGACAGGUGAGGCCGUCGAGUGCCACCUUGGCGACAUGCUGCAGCAGCUCCACAGCGUCAAUGCCUCCAAGCCUUCAGAGCGAGGGCUGGUGAGGCAAGAGGAGGCCGAGGAUCCCGCCUGCAUCCCCAUCUUCUGGGUCAGCAAGUGGGUGGACUAUUCAGACAAGUAUGGCCUCGGGUACCAGCUGUGUGACAACAGUGUGGGGGUGCUCUUCAAUGACUCGACACGCCUUAUCCUCUACAACGACGGCGACAGCUUGCAGUACAUAGAGCGUGAUGGCACCGAGUCCUACCUCACCGUUAGUUCCCAUCCCAACUCUUUGAUGAAGAAGAUCACCCUCCUUAAGUAUUUCCGCAAUUACAUGAGCGAACACUUGCUGAAGGCGGGUGCCAAUAUCACGCCUCGGGAGGGCGAUGAGCUGGCCCGGCUGCCCUACCUGCGCACCUGGUUCCGCACCCGCAGUGCCAUCAUCCUGCACCUCAGCAAUGGCACCGUGCAGAUCAACUUCUUCCAGGACCACACCAAACUCAUACUGUGCCCACUGAUGGCAGCCGUGACCUACAUCGAUGAGAAGCGGGACUUCCGCACAUACCGCCUGAGCCUCCUCGAGGAGUUCGGCUGCUGCAAGGAGCUGGCCAGCCGGCUCCGCUACGCCCGCACCAUGGUGGAUAAGCUGCUGAGUUCACGCUCGGCCUCCAACCGCCUCAAGGCCUCCGCCUAGGCCUCCCUCCCUCCUGGACUACUGCUGCCCUUUA